AGCGGCUCGGGGGCAACGGGACGCAAAUAGAACUGGGAGCUGUGUCUUCACUUCCUCCCGUAACACCGGUAGGCAGGCCUGCCGGCCCUCAAGAGUCUUCGGUCUCCGGGUAAGAUGCCCAUUGCCUGGAGUCCCAGAUAAUACGCAAGUGAACUUAACAUGGAGAAUAUGGAAGUCAAAGCUAAAGAUUAUACAUUCCACAAAGAAAGCCAUUCCAAUUCGGUGUUUCAUUUGACACGUGAACACCUUGAACUGUUAGUAAUUUGGUCACACUGUCAUGGCAAUCAGUGCACAUUUACCCCAAUUUGGAGAGAGAUUAUUGAAGAACAACAAAAUGGAGUCCUGGCGAUUUUGUGGGAGUGUGAAGCUGGUCAUUCUUACCACUGGUGGACUGGAGGUGUGUGUCAGUUACCAUGUGAUCAAGAGAAAUCCAGAGGUCAGCUGCCUGUAAAAUCUAAAUAUUUGGAAGAUGAUUUGGUAAUACCUGGACAAAUCCGAAAGGCACAUAGAAUUAAAACUAACAACAAUGAUUUAGCCAAAGAACCGGAUUCAUCUGAUGGCUCUUCCAAAUCUUUUCUACCAACCAAUGUUAAGGCAGCUCAGAAUGGAGCACCAGUUUCACAAGUACUUUCGACCCAUCAUUCGUGGAGAGAAACAGCAGUUGCUAGUGACAGAGGAAAAUUAGGUGUCAGUGCUACAAUUGGUAACACAUCAACUGAUAAUGGAGCUGAAAUUGUGCAUAUAAAAACUGAAAGAGAAGAUACCGCAGAUUUUACUAAGCACUGUGAUAUCAAAGAUGAAAAUAGAAGUCAAAAUCAAGAGCUGAAGAAAUAUCAUGUGAGCAAUAGUUCCUUGGCUGCAGGGCAAUCUUCCGGACAUUACCUAUCUUCAACUGACACAUGCAGUCCAUCAAAUGGCUGCAGAAAACGAUCUUCUUCAUUUACUGAAGACCAGUGCUCUGAUCCAUCACUAAUAUCUCACUGUAAUAGCAGCAAAGUUCAUGUUUCAGAGCACCACUCCCCUCAUCCAGUUUCCAGAGGAUCUUGUUUAGUGGAGAGCACCAUGAAGCCAACAGACGUAUCAGCAGGGCAUUACUCUAUUGGGUCAGCUAAGCCGACAAAUCAGGAUCAGAGUGGUGCAAAUAUGGGGCCGCUGUUAGAUUCUGAAUAUGGUCGUUCUUUAACCCAUAGUCGUAUAAAUUCUGAUGUUCAUGAACCUGAAUUGCAGUGCGACAGUCCAGUAUUUGGGCAGGAGGGCGUAGUAGAGUUUUUGCAUGCUGUUUUGAAACCUGAUGUCGUGGACGAGAUCUUCUCCAAUGCUCGAUUAGCAAAUGAAACUGAUGUUGAAGUUUUGACAGACAACCUCAUUGGGAAAGAAGCUGUUCUACUAGAUCCUGGAAUUCAGUCAAAUGCACAAAUGUAUUUCAGUGCUGGUGGAUGGGCAGCAGUUGCAGCAACACUUGAAGUAAUGGGAGAGGCCUUGGAAAGGAACAAAAGUUGCCAAGAUAUGGAAGACUCAGUAACAGAAGUUUCAGAUUCAGGACCAGAAUUAAUGAUCACGAAUCCAUAUCCAUCUUGUAAUCUACUUAAUGCUACAGCAAUGGAUGAAGAACAAAUUGUUGUUGCCCAUGUGCCUGCUUUGCUCCCCUCAGCGGAUGAUAAAAAGAGGAAAGUUAAAUAUCCUGUGACUAAGGGAGAAAUUAGAAGGCGCAUUAUUCCCCCUGAAAAAAUGUCCAAAACAGUCAUUAAAAGCUAUCUGAGGUUAAGAAGGGAUAACCGCUUUGAUAUCCGCCAACUUCUGGAUCUUCCUGUAACUGGUUAUGACCGAACCCUUCAUACAUCUUUUACUCGACUCUGUGAGGGAGAGGCAAAAACACUGACAGAAAACUUUCAUCAGCUGAACCUUGGCUACUUUCCUGUUGAUGAAUGUGCCAGCAUGAUGGCAGAAAAAGCUGCAGCAUCAGAAAUAUAUGCAGCAAGGCAAGUGGGUAAUCUGUAUUUAAUUGAGAGCAACUGAAGUUAAUUAGCUAAUAAGAAUUAUAUGUUGGAUCCAUCCGGAGGACCUGAGUUUGAAUCCCAAGCUUAACUGACAUUUGUAUUCCUUAAGAAGAAAGGUGAUUGAAGAUCUUGAUUCAAUCAUGAACAAUUUUAUGUGGCAGGAACACCCAUAUAAUUUAAUCACACAUGGAUUUGGGCCUCAGAACAUCAAGGUGGUUUUGAACUUGAUAAAGCUACUUCUACGAGAAUCACUACGAAAGUCAGCAUCCUAAUGCAAGCAGACCAGAAUUUAUAUAUUUUUUUAAUCGCAAUAGUGAAAAACAUUUCUGUGUUUUGUCUGUUCACCCUAUUCACAUGUUACUAACUCUGUAAUGAUAGUUACAGAAAUGUUUUAUAAUGUAAUUUAUACAGAAGCCCUUCUCUAUAAAACUGUCAAUGGGACAGCUGCGUAAAAAAUUGUGUGGGAAAAUGGAACGGAGAAGGCAUCUCUUGAGUUUGUUAGAUAGUUAGAAAAUUGUUUAUUUGUUGUAGUGAAUGGGUCCUGUACUUCAGAAUAAAAUGUACGUCAAAAAUAGUGUAAAAUGUGAAAUGUUUACAUGAAUCAAAUGAACUCUGUGCUGUUAAAUGGUUAAAAUACCAAAAUCAUUGUUUAUUCAGACAAGUAUAUACAGACAGCGAACUGAAACUCAUCUAACCAUAGCAAAUCCUACCUGAGAUUUGUAAAAUUCCUUCCUGUGCACAGAAGUGCAGAUUAGCAUGAAAAAAAAUGACUAUUGAUUGAAAGAAAACAAGAAACAGUCUAGUUAAUCUUUAUUCAGGUUUGCCACUCUUGCUUAGUAAUCAAAUUAAUAGAAGCGUCCUGUAUCAGAUCAAGAUUUGGCACUUCUACUCAAUUGACAUUAGUGUAAUUAAUCCAAGAGGUAAAAAAUCAUGUUUUUGUUAAUCUGUACAAUGAACAUAUAAACUGGAAGCAGUAAAAUGUGGAGUAAAGAACUUACAAUUAGUUAUUUCUCAUCUGUGCAUUGUAAUUCUUCAAAAAUAAGUAUUGUAAACAACUUCAGGUGAGAAAAUGUGGAUUAAGUCAAAGAUUUUAAUGAAGUCAAGUCAAGUCACUUUUUAUUGUCAUUUCAACCAUAACUGCUGGUACAGUACACAGUAAA